ACGACACUGAUGAGAAUGGUGAGAUCAAAAUGGACAUUUUAGCAACAGAAUCAUUUUCUUUUUUUUUUUGAGUCACUGUGGAUACUUUGAAGCUUUAACCUAAAAGGACGAUAUUGGCUGAUAAGAUUUUUCAUCUUGUGGUGAUCAAACCAGCGUAACUCUCGCAAAAUAAGUGUUGUCAUAUGUUGGAGCAUGUUCACAGUCUUAACCUUUCUUAAAGUUGUAUCCUAUUUUGUUUUUGAGCCUCUGUGCAAAUACGUUUUGUUGUAUUUGUGAUGUAUGGGACAAAAGGUGGAUUCUGAUCGGAGCAAUGUCAGCCCCACCUAACCACGCUUGAAUUGCACCUUAAAAUCUUCUGGGUUUUAUGUUAUCAACAUGUCAUAUUUUAGUGGACAUGCAAGCACUGUUAACAUGAUUCCUGACAACAUGGACUCCAACCAGCCGGCAACCCAAGGCGACGUGAGGCCUAGAGUGAUGGGUCUGAUCCUGAGCGUCGCCUCUUGUCUCAUUAUCUCCACCAACCUACUGGUGGCAGCCGCUCUACUUAAGCUACUCCACAAGAAGAGCAGCCAGAGCUGGUGCUUUGUCCUCAACUUGGCACUGGCCGAUGUCCUGGUGGGUGUGGCCAUCACUGGCCUGGCCACAGAGGACUUCAACAGCAACAACAUCACUCAGAACCAGCAAAGCCAUGUCACUGCUGAGCCUCCUGCAAAUGCCACGCCUGCUGCUCAGGGCAAGGCCCGGUGUUUGAUGCGCAUGGCCUUCGUGACAUCGCCCUGCACAGCAUCCAUCAUGUCCAUGUUCCUGAUCUCACUAGACCGCUACGCAGCCAUCAAGAUGCCCCUGCGGUACUCCCAGCUGUCGGGGAAGGGGACAGCAGUUGGGUCCCUGCUGGCUCUGUGGAUCAGCUCCCUCACGUUGGGAUUUUUGCCAGUCAUGGUGCGGCAGUUGCAGGCGGACGGCUACGACGGCUUCUGUGCCUUUUUCUCCGUCAUUCACCAAGUGGGCAUGAUUGUGUUAUUCAGCGUGUGCUUCUUCCCGAUACUCUCUGUUUUUGUUUACAUCUACCUGGACAUCCUGAAGAUAGCCUGCAUCCACCAGAAGCAGAUCUGCCAAGUGAGGCAAGCUUGUUCCAGGAGUACUGACCACCAUGGCCAUGAAUAUUACGAACAUCACCACCAGCAUCAGCAGCUGAGGAGCGGUUACUGGAGCCAUGUCAAGGCCCUGAGGACGGUGGCGGUGCUUGUGGGCUGCUUCUUGGUCCUUUGGUGCCCCUUCUUUGUGGCGUGCAUAGUGCACCUUCUGUGUAAAAGCUGCGAACUCACAGACGUGUUGGAGAAUUAUCUGUGGCUGCUGGGACUAUCCAAUUCACUCAUCAACCCCCUGGUGUACGCGUUCUGGCAAAGGGAGGUGCGGCUGCAGUUAGCAGCCAUGUUUUCCUACUUUACAGGAAGGUCGUGGGCUGCUGGAUCACCAGGCGUCACAGAAAGAUGUGACUCGCAGCCACCUGUGCUUACUCAAGCUGAUGUUUCAGGUGGAGAUACCCUCAACCCUUCACUGUUGCACUCAAUUAUCCCUAACGACAAGGCUCACACUGUGCCUCUAUCUGCCACGACCAGCUUGUGAAAGAAACCAGAGAAGCGGUGGAAACAAAAGCAUGGCUAGAGUGUGUUAUCACUGUGAUAUUCUAGAUACAGAAAGGGACAUACAACAUAAACAACUUUUAAGACCGGAGAAAAGUGAGCUCCACUUUCACCCUAUCUUUCUGAAAUGCUGUAACAUGUCCCUGUCAAAAUUUAACCUGCCAGUUAGUAAAAUAUGAGGACUACUUUUGAGGCCUUGACAUUGUGCCACGUGUCCCCUCAAAAGGUGAAUAUCUUUAUUCUGAAUAUGAAAUUAAUAGGUUAAGCUCUAAUUCUGAAUAAGACCUGAACAGGACUCUGACUUACAUGGGUACUAGCUUUAACUUUACUUUGACUUUAAAUUGAUUCAUGAAUUUGACCUCAUUUAUUCACAACCACAGUUAUUUUUGGAAUCUUUUUUAAAUACUGGAGUUGAGAGUUGAUAUUGUUCUUCUUCAGCACUUACCCAGGGACCAAUUAUUAAGAUGUUUUGGGGAAACACAGCCUUAAUACUCCAGGGGUCUAUGAGCCAAAAAUAAGAAUAUCAAGUAUUACUUUCCGUAUUCAAUCUUGAUCCACUGAUUAUAAACCAUCCAGUUCCUUUCAGCCUGGGCCCAAUCUAGACCUGACAACUAAUAAACUUUUAAAGUCAAAACAUUCUCUCCCUUUCUUUUGAUCUAUGUAAUGCAAUGUAAUGUACUCUUGGUUUUCGAACUAUCCAUCAUCAUGUGUUUAGUACUAAUGUAACUGUGAAAUACAUUGGCAGUGAAUGCAUAACAAAAAUCAUGUGCCAUUCAAGAUAAAUCACUUGUAGCAUUAUGGUCAGUUCGUCGCUCCACCACUUUAGUCCAGACUGAAAUAUCUCAACAACUAUCACAUAGAUUGUCUUGACAUUUUGUGCAGACAUUCAUGAUCCCCAGAGGAGGAAUUCAAUGGACUUUGGUGAUCCCCUGAUUUUUCCUGUUAUAAAAAGAGAAUCUAUGACAUAAUUCAGAAUCAAAUAUAAAAUAUAACAGAAAGUAGAAUAUGGUUUUGACUAAAAUGUCAAGAUGAAUUGUAAUCAUCUUAGUAACCAUAUAGUGCCACCAUCAGAUUAAAAUUUUAAUUUGUCUAACGCAAAACUGAUCCCAUCAGCUCUGUGGUGGCUACUUUCUUUUCAGUGUAUGUUAGCAAAUGUUAGCAUACCUGCUAAACAUUAGCAUGUUAGCAUCAUCACUGUGACCAAAUACAUCCUUACAAAGCCACUAGCAUGACUGUAGAUUUUAAAUUAUAUUGAAAUUUUGACCGUCAUUUCUCUUUCUCCAGUUAUGAUAACAGUGUACACACCAAAGCAAUUUCUGAGAUCUGGUACUGUUGAAACAUGGCUAAUAAGAAGCCAGACUGGACAAAAAACAUGACAACCACAGGUUAGCCAAACUUAUUUGCAAGAGAAAAUAAAGGUGAGCUAUGAAAAUAAGAUCCAAGUUAUAUUAAACCAGUGUUUUUUUUCCUUUCAGAACACAUUUGUGCAACAGGCGACGUCUUUUAUAGAAAAGAUCUUAUACAAAGAAGAGCAGCACAUUUUGUGCUUGUCAGUCCUGCUGAGAACACAGACUAUCCACCUCUGCUGAUGUUCCCUAUGUUGAAUCACAGUGGGCCGAUGACUCAUAAAAGUGACAGCACUACAGUUUAAUUUAGAUAGUUGGUUCCCAGUGAAACCAGAGGGGUCACAGGUCAGUAGCAGCAGAGGGCAGGAAAGAGUUCAACGGUCCAGUUUCACAGACUCUGACAUGUUCCUGAUUAAGUCCGCAAGGGUUCAGGCCUGUCCCACUGAGGAAUCAGUGAAAGUAUGAGGGCGCACACUGACUUUUUGAGCCCUUUAUACACACUUAUUGGAAGUUUAAUAUCCUGCAGAGACUUGCAGAGGACUACAGAAGCCCUGGGAGGCUUAAGUCUAAUCAAAAGUGUGUUCUCCUGUGUUUCCUGUGUUAUGAUUGAAGAACAUGUUGGUGUCCUGGUUUUGCCAGGAUAAUCUUUCUAAUUUCCUUUUUCAUCUUUGAAACAGGUGAGGGGGGGAUACCUUGAAGUUAACUUGUAAAGGUGGGCUGUAAUUUUAUAAAACAGAGAUAUAUAC